AUGGGUAGUGAAAGUAGCAGAGCGGAGAGAACACGGCCGAAUUCGAAAAAAUAUCAGGCUUCGAAACAAUCAUCAAUCACGAAAAUUAAUUUGAAUGAAAAUGGAACCAAAUCGAAGAAAACACAUAAUGAAGAUGAUAUAGAAAAGCGUACAGUUUUGAAACAAUCAAAAUCAAAACAACAAAAUAUGACGGAAAAUGCAAAAAAGGUACAUCAAAAAUCCGAACAAAAAACAUCAAGUUUCAAAGGAGAUGGGAAUAAACGAAUAGGUGCUGCUACUGAUUCAACUACGGAAAUUUCAUUAUCAGAUCAAAUGAUACAUACAAAUUCUAAAGAUUUGGUAGCUGACAAUGGUUGUCUUAUUGCAAAAACACAAUACUCAACACCGACCUCAUCUAUUUAUCCGUCAAUUAAACAUUUUCAAUUAAAUCAUAAUAAUAAUCAAACUUCGACUCAAAUUUCAAAACGGUUGGCUCCUACAAUAUCUUGUCGUCGCCGCCGUUUAGCAUUAAUAUUUGGUAGCGAUGAAUAUUUAAAUCGAUUAAAUAGUUGUGUAAAAGAUGCAAGAGAUAUGGCUAAAAUAUUAACAAAAAUGAAUUUUGAAUGUACCCUAGUCGAAAAUGCUAAUAAACGACAAAUGGAAAGGAGUGAAAAAUUGUUUCAAGCCAAAAUUCGAAGUAAUGAUAUUGUACUGUUGUAUUUUUCCGGUCAUGGAAUGGAAGAAAAGGGUCGUAAUUAUUUAGUUCCCGUAGAUUCGUUUGAUAAUAACGAUCAUAGUUUUAGUCAUUAUUCCGCUGAAUACGAUUUUAUUUGUCUUGAUGAUGUUUUAAAACGUUUAAAUCAACAUCGAAAUCUGGUUAAUAUUGUCAUUUUGGAUGCAUGUCGAGCUGAUGAACAAAACGAUACGUGGAAAUCAAAAGACAUUAGCGGCUUUCUAUCAUCUUUACCGAUUAUGCCUGUUUAUGGAACAAGUAAAGGCUUAUCAGCCAAUGUUCGUACACCUCAAAAUUCAGAAUACGUAUUAAUUUUUUCAUCUGAUCCUGGUACUAUUUCAAUUGCCAGCAAUGUUUCGGGAGAGAACAGCCUUUUUACAUCAGCUCUUCUUCAACAUAUAUCAACACCGAACAUAUCAAUUGAAGAAAUGAUGAAAAAGGUUUCAAAAGAAGUGUUAAAAUUAUCCCAAAAUAAACAACGACCAUGGAUGAACACUUGCUUGUUAGAUUCUUUUUGUUUUAAUCAACAAUAA